CAUGGAUUCAAUCAUAUGGUAUAGGCUGGCGUUUUUGUAGCUGUAAAUUGAUGUUCGGUAACAAACAAACGUUAGUGAUGAAUAUGAGACCCUUAAUCAUUCGACUGGGAAGACUGUUGCGUCAUGAAUUGCGGCUGAAACGGCAUGUUAAAAUUGCUAGUUGUAUACAUGCCAUAGGAGGAUAUCAAAGUUCUAAUGGCAAUAACAAUAUUUCCUCUACAAGGUUUCUUACUACAGCUGGAAAUGCUGCAAAGCUAGAAACGGAUAAACCGCACUGCAAUAUUGGUACCAUAGGUCAUGUUGAUCAUGGAAAGACCACACUUACAGCGGCAAUAACAAAAGUACUGUCCAAAAAGGGCUUGUCAGAGUUUGUAUCGUAUGAUCAAAUUGAUCGUGCACCUGAGGAGAAAGCAAGAGGUAUUACAAUAAAUGCUUGCCAUAUUGGUUACGAGACACCUUCGCGAACCUAUGCCCAUACGGAUUGUCCAGGUCAUGCUGAUUAUAUUAAGAAUAUGAUAUCUGGAGCAUCACAGAUGGACGGUGCUAUUUUAGUUGUUGCUGCCACAGAUGGUCAAAUGCCACAAACUCGUGAACAUUUAUUAUUAGCAAAGCAAGUUGGUAUACAACGUAUAAUUGUUUUCAUAAACAAGGCGGAUUUAGUUGACCAAGAAGUUCUAGAAUUGGUAGAAAUUGAAAUGCGUGAAAUGUUAACCGAUUUCGGAUUUGAUGGUAUUAAUAGUCCUGUUAUAUGUGGCUCUGCCCUUUUGGCAUUGCGUGAAGAUCCUUCACCAUUUGGUGUGCCUGCCAUUGAAAAUCUCCUGGAACAUAUCGAUUUCUACGUGCAAACCCCAAAACGGGACUACGAUUCGCCUUUUAUACUGCCUAUUGACAAUGCCUUUACCGUGCCUGGUAGGGGAACUGUUGUUGUUGGAACAAUAAAACGUGGUACAAUAUUGAAGAAUGCAGAAUGCGAUCUAUUGGGAUUUAAUCAGAAUAUUAAAACUUCUGUCAGCGAUAUACAAAUAUUUAGGAAAAGCGUACCCAAGGCAGUGGCUGGAGAAAAUGUUGGAGCUCUUUUACGUGGUGUAAAAAUUUCUAGUGUUGAACGCGGAAUGUUACUUACACAGCAAGGAUCGGAAGGUAUAUCAAAUCAUUUUGUAGGAUCCAUGUAUCUGUUGUCUCGCAGUGAGGGCGGGCGAACUAAACCAAUGCUAUCGAAAUAUAUACAACAAUUAUUUAGUGUAACGUGGAAUGUUCCGGCUCGCAUUGAUAUGAUACCCUCCGAUGGCAUGCUAAUGCCGGGCGAGCAUGGAAAUGUUCGAAUAACACUAUUGCGUAAAAUGGUAAUGUGCCCCGGACAAGCCUUUACAAUACGGGAGAAUGGUGCAACUAUUGGAACAGGUAUAAUAUUAGAGCGUAAGCCAUCCAUCGAUUUACCAAAGAAUAAAUUGUCCAAGGCAAUAGUGAAUUAUGAUUGAAAAUAAAUAUACAAACAAUUGUUACAAUGUGAA